AUGUCGUGCGAAAAUGUCUGCUCCACCCAGCUGGUUAAUGGGGUACCUCAGUGCAUACAUUGGAACAAUACCGGCCUUGACCUGUCAUUAUUCGAAGUGGUUCUGGGCGGAUGGUCUGACUGGUUACCCAACACGACAUGCAGUCGCACGUGUGGAACGGGCAUCAUUUACAGGAGAAGGACCUGCAGCAAUCCAAAACCAAAGAACAGUGCAUGGUGCGAGGGAAAUGAAUAUGAAUCAUUUGUAUGUAAUACCCAGCCGUGUGAUAAUGACCCGGAUGUUGAGAGUGAAUUGAAAAUUGUGCGCGCAUCAGAGACAUGCGCAACAUUGAAGGCCAACAACGUUUACGAAAAAAUUGGUUUAAAUGCUUCCGUCUUCCUUGACAGCGGGGAACAAUUUAAUAGUUAUGACUUCGGGCAGUGCGAGGUGAAGUGUAACAGCGUCAAUCCUGUGUAUUAUUACCAGAGGUUUGGUCUGAUGCCGGACGGGACACCGUGUGACCCCCCUGAACUCGACUCGUUUAUAGAAACCAACAAACUCGCUCGGCGGUCUGGUCGUUACGGCCGAUGUGUACAGGGCUACUGUCAAAUGUUUGGCUGUGAUAACGUAUCUGGUACAAAGGCGAAUGACGAAUGUGGGCUGUGUGGAGGGAAUAAUUCGACGUGCAACGUUGUAACAGGGGUGUUUAACGAGAGUGUUGCCUUUAACACGGGAACGGUGAUCGCUACGUUACCUUCUGGGUCCUUCAACAUCGUGUUCUAUUUCAACUAUAACGAUAUGACAUACAACUUCAUAGAGUUAUAUAGCAUGGAGAACAGGGGUGUAAUGACGUUAAGCUACGUGCGUCUGACAAACCCGUUCAACUAUGCAGGGAGCUACUGGUAUGGUAACUUCAGAACACAAUUCCUGUACACUGAGGGUCCUAUAUCACGACCAGUUGUCAUUAAGUUUGUCCAGAAAGGCUCGUCUCCGAACGUAGGAGUAUAUUAUGCUUACUCCUUAUCAUUGGAUAAUUGCACCGGUUCAUGCGGAAGCUACGGCACAUGGAACCAAACCCUAUGUGGAUGUCAGUGCAAUGCCGGCUACUUUGGCGCUUCGUGCAAUACCACAUGCAAUAAGAUUUGCAAUAACGGAAUGAGCCUGAUGUCGACUGUGUGCGGCUGUAACUGUCUUGGAAACACGUACGGAACAGCGUGCGAAUGCAGAUACCCGUUCCAAGGCAAGGACUGUCAGGACUGCAAGGUUAGAACGUGCAAGAACGGAGGCACGUUUAAUUCGACCGCGUGUCGGUGCUCAUGUCCGCAGGGAUUCGGAGACUUAGACUGCGGCUCAUCAUGUCAAGACAAAACGAACACGACAACAUGCGUGACUAACGUUGGGAAGGGCUGGUGUGAGUCGAAGAACGAACAGAUGGAGCAGGAUUGCUACAUGUCUUGUGGACUUUGUGUGCCUGAUCCAACAACAACAAGUACCACUCUGUCAACUUCUGUGGAGGUUGUAACACAAACCAGCACGACAUACGGUGGAGGACAAAGCAUUACGACCACUCUGUCAACUUCUGUGAAGACAUCUCCACAUUCCAUGUCCACAUCUACUCAAUCAACUACUGUUACGAAUGACACAGUGUUUGAUAAUUCACAGAAUCCCGACUUUUGGAACAUUUGGAACGACGGUUCAACUCUGAGGAAUCCGGUUGUGCUUCAUGUCCCACUUCAGAUGCUGCUGCAUGUGUUGAUGUGGCUGCUUCUCUUUUGAUUCUGCACAGACAUUUAUAGUAUGUCAUACAUAUUUCUGCGUCUUGAGCAAACUGCACUUGCAUUCAGUUUUAUUGGAUAUAUAAUAUACGUUUACAAAUUGAAAGAUAAAGA